GCAGCGCCGCGCCGCGGCCCCAUUUCGCGAUGCUGCCGCGGGCCGCAGCGUUGCCGCCGGGCGCCGGGACGGGGCCUGGGCGCCGCUCGCCGCCGCCGCCCGCCGGCCUGGAGGAGGAGGAGGAGGAGCAGGAGCCGCCGCCGCGGGGCCGGGCCAUGGCGAGCGGCGGCGCCGGGAGCGUCCCGCGCCGGGCGGAGGCGGCGGCGGAGGCCGCGGAGGAGCCCGAGGGCGGCAGCCGGCGGUGGGGCGCGCAGCACGCCGGGGCCCGCGAGCUGGCCGAGCUCUACUCCCCCGGAAAGAGACUACAAGAAUGGAUCUCUGUCAUCUUAUGUUUCUCUCUGAUCUGUUUCAAUUUUUACAAUCUUCUCUUCUACUUGCGACUGGAACACACGUCCUCUGUUAUUGUUGGGAUAUUUGCAGGAGUUAUUACAGCUGACUUCCUAUCAGGACUAUUUCACUGGGGAGCAGAUACCUGGGGAUCUGUGGAGCUACCCAUAGUUGGAAAGGCUUUCAUCAGGCCCUUUAGAGAACAUCAUAUUGACCCCACAGCAAUUACCAGACAUGAUUUUAUAGAGACCAAUGGAGACAACUGCUUUAUGACACUAGUCCCAUUGGCAAACAUGGCAUACAAAUUUGUUUCUCUUUCCCCAGAGGCAUUAUAUGAAACGUGUCCUUGGGAGUGUUACGUCUUUGCCCUUAUCAUCUUCAUAACCAUGACGAACCAAAUUCACAAGUGGUCUCACACGUACUUUGGUCUUCCACGCUGGGUCAUAUUUCUACAGGACUGGCACGUUAUUCUGCCACGGAAGCAUCACAGAAUCCAUCAUGUGUCUCCACAUGAGACCUACUUCUGCAUUACAACUGGUUGGCUGAACUAUCCAUUAGAGAAGAUAGGAUUCUGGAGGUGUUUGGAGAACAUUAUCCAAGGAGUUACGGGGGAGAAGCCAAGAGCAGAUGACAUGAAAUGGGCUCAGAAAAUCAAAUAACUUUUGCCAGUCUUCUGCAAUCCUUAACUUGUUGCCAAUGUUUUGGGGUUUGUUUUUUUUUUUUUUUUUUAAAUAAAGCCAUCAGCCAAAUUCAAGACCUGCAAAGAAAUAACAGACUCUAAAGCACAAACUAAAAAGUGCUAACACAGACUAUAAUGAAAAGAACUAAUUCUUAAAACAAUACUUGAAAUGAAGAUGAUUACUCUUACUGAGCACCUUUUUGUUUAGCCAUGUCUGCUUACAUCUUAGAAAAUACUUCAUCACUGUAUCUCAUAAAGCUAUCAGGCAAGCCAGAAGGCAGGACAGUCACUCCAUUGGUACAUGGUGGCGUAGUAAACAUGUGUUGUAUCAACAUUAUUGAACACUUAAAAAGUAGCUUGUUGCCUAAGACCUACAGGGGGAAUGGUGACAAGAGUUUGUCACUUGGUGUUUGAGUACAAAUACACUGUAUGAAAAGUGUGUCAGAGUAAUGGAAGCCUAUAAAAUCAUCGCUGUUCAAUGCACUUAGUGAUCGAUAAACUUAAAGCUCUGUCUUUGGUGUCAUGUUAAAUAAUUGAUGUAAUGUGGAACAGACUUUGAGAAUCCCACUACACCUGUGGGCCACAAAUCCUCAAGUGUCUUCAGUUUCCCUUAAAAUAAAUCUGUUCUACUUUCUACAUGGAA